AUGGAGGUUGAAGAGGGUAUUGCACAGAUGAGAUCAAUUGCCAGAACUCCGCAGUGCACCAAGGCCACCGCCCACGCCCUCCAAUUGCUGUUCUGCAGCUCCGCUCUGUCCACUCCCUCGCUGGACGUUGUUCACGGCACGCCGCGCGUCGACCGGCCGGCUGGGUAUAAGGACGACCCCGAGACCUUCUGCUUCGCCCCAACUCCUCUCACCUCUCUGCGCAUCUCAGAGAAGCCCCAAGACGGAGCCUGUCCCCAUCUUGCUCUCGGCCAUGCUCAUAGCCGAGACGCGUUCGCCGUGGUGCUCGCCGUCGUGCACGUCGCUGUCUCACCACCCUCCGUCCCUCUCCCUUGGUUCCCUCUCUUUUACUUCCUUUGCCACCGUCUGGGAGCCCUUACUCUUCUCCUUUCUUGCCUGGAGCCCGCCCAGAACCAUCUUCGUCACCGCCGACGGAGAUCCAUCCACGUCAGCCACGGAACCCUCGCCAUCCUCGCCACGGCCAUGCAGCCCUGCAUGCAUGUCCGAGGUAUCCGUUCGGAUCUCCUCAAGCACCACGACGUCACCACCGCCCCUCCCUGCGUCGCCUUCGUCGUUCGUCGUGUCCACGCUGCCUCCACGGACAUCGCGCACCCGCAUCCUCACAGCCGCUCGGGGGAGAGCCUCUGCAUGCACACGUCGUCAAUCGAGCCAACCCUCUGCGGCCGUCCCGCAUCGCUCCUUCUCCGCCAAACCACCCACGGAACCCUCCACGAAGCCGGCACCGUCCAGUUUGCUUGAUGCACCGCUGAGCCUUGCAAGGAUGCCGUUGUCCCGUCUCCGACAACGCACGCGCGCACGAUCGCACCGACGCCAGAAGAACCCCUGCACGCGUGCUUCGCCGCCCGAGCCGCGUCAAGCUCCGCCUCCACUCCACGACGCCGCCGGCGUCGUCGCCCGCGUGCCCCUUGGGUUUUCUCAGACAAUCGCCGGCGUCGUACGCGUGUCUGUGCGGUGGCGGGGCUCGUCUUCGUCUGCGCGAGGCCGGGAACUGCGCCUAUGCGCGUCCGAGGCGCCUGGGCGAGCUGCUCUGUUUUCACGUUCCAUUCUCCUCGUCUUCGAGCACGCGCCGGUGAGCAUCGACCUGCCUCUGCCCUCUCUGCGUCGCUAGGCCGUGGCGAUGUCGCUCGUUCCCGUCGUCGCGGAAGGACGCGCUUCAGUUCGUCGGAUCUUGAUCCGGCGGCUGCAUGUGGCCCAGCCCCGCAUGCAUGGCUGCUGGCCACCGACCCCCGCCUGGGCCGUUUUGGCUCCUUAGGCUGUUGAGUCAAUCUGGGCCGGAUCUGGCCCGGAUCUGGCCCGAGCCAGCGUUUCGGCCUAGUCCUCUUUUUCCUUUUCUCUCAGCGCAAAUAUUUUCCUGUGAGGUAUACCUUAGAUUUAAAUCGUUUAAAAAUCCAUUUUUGGCCCAAAUGAGAUUAUUCAAAUUCCUACAUGCUCCUGAACAAAAUACUAAUCGCCUCCAAUUGCAUGCAUGUGGUUUGCUCUUAUAAAUUUGUGCUGAUAAAUAAACAUCUAAAAUGUUGCUGUUUCUGUGUAUUAAUUAUUUUGUGAAUUGUGUGAA